ACCCCCAACCGGUUGCAGUGGGAUUACUUGCUUGAUGCGCCGUUAUUUCGGAGACCUUCCUUUGGCAAAGCGACCCAGGAGCUAUUAAAACCGAGGUAAUAAUAGGGGACGGGAAACCCCUGUGGACUCGUUGGAAGGUUUCAGAACACAUUCCCCUUACUAGGGGGGAAGGGGGAAAAACUGGUCGCUGGACACAGUAUGUGCCUGCAUUAUAUCCCAUCCACAACACCUGUCAAGGGAUACAGACCCAUGGGGUGCAUGGAGAAAGCUCCAGAGAUUAUAAAGGUGACUCCUGUUCAUGUUUGCACGGUGGGUAUUACUCAACUGUGUUGAGGGUAGUAAAAGUGAUUUGUUGCCAGCGAGGUAACCUCGUGAUUUGCUGGGAGUGUGGUUCUGGUAGUUUGUGUGUGUGUGUGUGUGGGAGGGGAGAAGCGUAUGUCUCAGCUCCAGGAGAAGGCAGUUGCUAGCACUGUCCUGAGCCGUACCUCGCUGGUAGCUCUCGCCCUUGUCCUUCCCCGGGACCUCCCUUGAAGUUGCAAGAGUUUGGGACCCUCCCGCCCCGGGAAACAUGUCAGGCUCGGGGAGAAAGGAUUUCGACGUGAAGCACAUGCUGCGUCUCCGCUGGAAGCUGUUUAAUCACCCGUCGCCCAGCCCGGCCGGCGGCGGCUACCUGCAACCGCAGGAGGGCUACGAGAACUGGAGCAACAGUCAGGGCCGGCUCAAGAACCACAGUCAGGACAGGGGGAGCUUCUGGAAGAAAAGCAAUGGCAUCCUGCUGCCGGCGCCGUGCAGGGCUGGUACCGUGGACAGCCAGGCUCAGCAGCGUGCCGUCUUCUACAUGGAGACCUUGGAAGAGGUCCCCGGCCUGGAGUUCACCAGGGAGAGCAAGCCGUCGCUGGAGGAGGUGAAGGAAGAACUGGCCACCACCGAGUGCUGCGAAGGGGCCGAGGACGGCUGCUUGCACAGGUUGUCAGUGUCCAGCCAUCCGCUGAUGUCACACUGCGAUAUGGAAGCAGGCAGCUCCGAGGAGCUCUUCCAGGCUGUGAAUCAUGCAGAACAGACCUUCCGUAAGAUGGAGCUCUACCUCAAGCAACACCAGCUGUGCGACGUCAUCCUGAUUGCCGGAAAUCGGAAGAUUCCUGCUCAUAGACUUGUCCUUAGUGCUGUUUCAGACUAUUUCGCUGCCAUGUUCACAAGUGAUGUGUGUGAAGCCAAACAAGAGGAAAUCAAAAUGGAGGGGAUAGACCCCAGUGCGCUUUGGGAUCUUGUUCAAUUUGCUUACACAGGCUGCCUUGAGUUAAAGGAGGAGACGAUUGAGAAUCUCCUUGCAGCUGCCUGCCUACUCCAGCUCUCCCAGGUUGUAGAAGUGUGCUGCCAUUUUCUGAUGAAGUUGCUGCAUCCGUCAAACUGCUUGGGUAUCCGUGCUUUUGCUGAUGCUCAAGGCUGCACUGAAUUAAUGAAGGUGGCUCACAGCUACACUAUGGAGCACAUUAUGGAGGUGAUCAGAAAUCAGGAAUUUCUGCUGCUGCCUACAGAUGACAUCCUUAAACUUCUAGUAAGUGAUGAUGUGAAUGUUCCCGAUGAAGAGACGAUAUUUCAUGCCCUGAUGAUGUGGGUGAAAUAUGAUGUGCAAAGGAGAUGUCGGGACUUGGCCACACUGCUGGCGUACAUCAGGUUACCUCUGCUCCCACCUCAGCUUCUGGCUGACCUUGAAAACAACGUCCUUUUCAAAGAUGACCUUGAGUGCCAAAAGCUUAUUUUGGAAGCCAUGAAGUAUCACCUGUUGCCAGAGAGACGGCCUCUAAUGCAGAGUCCAAGAACUAGGCCUCGGAAGUCUACAGUUGGAGCUCUGUAUGCAGUUGGAGGGAUGGAUGCAAAUAAAGGUGCCACUACAAUAGAAAAAUAUGACCUGCGAACAAAUACUUGGACCCAAGCCGGAAUGAUGAAUGGCAGGAGACUGCAAUUUGGAGUAGCUGUCAUUGAUGAUAAACUUUAUGUGGUUGGAGGCAGAGAUGGCCUGAAGACUUUAAACACUGUGGAAUGUUACAACCCAAAAACAAAAACUUGGACUGUCUUACCUUCUAUGUCAACUCACAGACAUGGCCUUGGUGUUGCUGUGUUAGAAGGACCAAUGUACGCAGUAGGUGGCCAUGAUGGCUGGAGUUACCUAAAUACAGUAGAACGAUGGGAUCCACAAGCCUGUCAGUGGACCUUUGUGGCCAGUAUGUCCAUUGCUCGAAGUACAGUGGGAGUAGCAGCAUUAAAUGGCAAGUUGUAUGCUGUCGGGGGUCGAGAUGGAAGUGCUUGCCUCAAGUCUAUAGAGUGCUACGAUCCACACACCAAUAAGUGGAGUAUGUGUACACCCAUGUCCAAGAGAAGAGGAGGUGUGGGGGUGGCAACGUGCGAUGGUUUCCUUUACGCAGUUGGAGGCCACGAUGCUCCUGCUUCGAACCACUGCUCUCGGCUUUCGGACUGUGUAGAGAGAUACGAUCCGAAGACUGACACUUGGACGAUGAUAGCAUCAGUGAGUGUCCCUCGUGAUGCAGUUGGAGUCUGUCUGCUUGGAGACAGGCUAUAUGCAGUUGGUGGAUAUGAUGGACAAACUUAUCUAAACACUAUGGAAUCUUAUGAUCCACAGACCAAUGAAUGGACACAGGCAGCAUCCCUGAACAUUGGACGAGCUGGAGCCUGUGUUGUAGUUGUCAAGAUGUGAAGCCACAGUCAUUGCAUGAAGCCUUCUCUUCUAUUGCUUUGAACUGGUACUUGUAACUUAUUUCUGCAUCCUACAUUCUCACCAGCAAUCCAUGGAGCCUCUCUGCAAGUCCUGAGAUGCACCAAGAAGCAUCAACUUGAUUGAAACAAUCUGAGAGUGCUGGAAAAAGAAAUCUGAAACAGCUGUGGACCAACCUAAAUCCUCUAUAACAAUUGGAGUGACCAACACAAAACCAAACAGAGAACAUUUUCAAGAAACCUUAUAUUAACAUUUUCAACUGUAUUGAAGUUGAGUUUUUAGGAUUACUGAUGCACCUGUACAUCACCUUGAGCACUUAAGUCAGAAAACUCUCAAAUUUGUGUUUGAAACUUAAUGGAUUGAGUCAACCGCAGAGAAAUUAAAAUGUGUAGGAUUGGGAAGUGAAAAGAUCACAUCUCCUCAUGAAAAAUGUACUUUUGUAGAGAAUUGUCUUGUAAACAUUCCAAAUGAGGCUUGCAUCACCAAAAAAAUUCUUAAGCAAGCACAUGAAAAGUUUCAGUAAGCCUCUCGGUAAUAACAGUGAAGAGAUAAAUGGAAUCCGUAAUUUUAAUAGGCAAGAUGUCACCUUGGUAUAUCUGAUGUACUCAGAGGUGCAUCCUACUAUGAAGGCAUGAAAUAUCAUCUUAUUAGAGCCCAGAGCCAGUGGAACACUGCUUUAAAUUUCAUCCAUCGCCUUAUCUUUUAACACAGACUGACUCUUAAAAGUAAUCGUAAUGUGACCAUUGUAAUUUUUAGUGAUCAGACUGUUCUGUGAUUGAUUUUCUGCACUGGAGAUUAUUGGUAAAAUUGUGGAUUAUUGUUGAAAUCUUUGUUUUUAUUCAUUGUGUUAUUAUCAUAGCCCUAAUGUAUGUAGCAGCCAAAGCAUCAAUCACUUUACAGUUGUGUCUGAAGUUCUGUGGUUAUUAUAAGCCAAUGUUGUGGUUCAGUUUGCAACACUCUUGCCUCUGAGUUAUAAGGUUGUAGAUUUAAAAUUUACAAAAGACAUCCAAGCACAAAAGUCGAGCCUAAUUCUUCAAUGCAGCACAGAGGGAGAGCAGCAUUAUUGGAGGUGCUAUCAUUUUUAUGACAUCUUCAACCAUUUCACCUUGCAGAUAAGCAUUAAGGACCCUAUUUUAAAAGCACAGGAGUCACAUCAGCAUUUUAGCCAGUAUUUAUUCAUUAACCCACUCGUUUUUACAAAUUAUUUAAUUGCAGUUUGCGGGAUAUUGCUGUGGUAAAUUGGCUACAGGUUUUUCUAAAUAGCAACAAUGACUAAGGUUCCAUAGCAUUUCAUUGGUUACAACACUUUAGAGUGAAUGGCGCUAUAUAAAUGCACACCUUUAUUUAACAGUCAUUCCACUGUAACAAAUAGAGAUGAGAUAAAUGACAAAAUUGUGUGUGUGUUGGAACUACAGACAGGUUGUUUUUGGCAUCAAAAUAGCACCUCCAGCAAAGUACGAAUAUGUAGAGGAUGCAAACUCAUAACUUGGGUUGGGAGUCAAGUUGACAGUCAGUUAUCAAGCCAACAAGUGGUAAGUGGAUCUAAGAAUCAAUAAACAACUUCCAGAUUGAUAUUGGAGGACAUAUCAUUUAUAUAUAAUUAAAAGAUUUCAGUGAUGAAGGAGUGAUACAUUUUAGACUUUAUUUGGUAACUAAUUCAAAGUCACAAUAUUAUUAUUUGUAGAAAAGGAAGACCAGCAUGCGUUCUCCUUGUAAUUCACUUUGCAAAUCACUUGGCUCAUUAUGUUGAAGUUUCUCAUUGUCACUUGUACGAUAAGAAUAAUUCACUGACACUUCAGGACUUUAGAAGAAAUCUCUCAGAUAUUGUUCCCCAAGGUCUUCGAGCCACAUUAGUCACUUUCUCAGAAUUCAGGAUGUUUUACAUUCUAAAUGUAUUACAGAAGUCAUACAAAAUGAGAGAACUUUAAUCACCACUAUUUGUAAAACCAAAUGUAUCGCUGUAAAAUGUGAUGCACAUGAUCAAGAGGACCCUGUAUUUAACAUGUCAUCCAAUAUAAAUCAUCCUUACACUUAUUUAUUUUGUCUUAAUAGAAAUAUUUAUUUAUUAACUUAUAUUUAAAAUUAAUCCAUUUAAUUUCUGCCCAAUAACAGGUAGGCUGAUUAUUUACUAAUUAUAAAAUGCAAUGCUCAGGAUUUAAAUUUUUUAAUUGAUGUACUAGAUAUUGUUCUUUCAACUUUGUAGAAUCUUUCAUAUUUUUCCUGCAUUUUUUCCUUUACUCUCUCCCAAAUUCACUUGACUGAUUGCCGUUCUACAACAGACCCACAUUACAUAUUUGAAGUAUUCCCUCAUCAUGUCAGCUAACUAAUGAGGGUUGUCGUACUUUGCAGUGGAAGGCAUUGGCUCUUUCUGCUAAUGUGCAUUGGGGGAUUGGGAAUAGGACAGGAAAUCCUGUGAACUUGUUCAGUGGACUCCCUUUAUCCCUUUGUACCAGUGUCAGUGCUUUGAAAGAACAAUCUAGUUCAUCCCUUUCCACUAACACAUCUCCGCAAAAUUUUUAAUUCUCCCUUGUAUAUUGCUAUUGAAUUUGCUCCCUGCGGUCACAUAGACAGUGAAGCCCAUGGCAUGACAAUUCACUUUGUAACUGAAAAGCCUCAUUUCAAUUUCUGGUCCUUUUGCUAAUUACCUUAAAUCUGUGAAAAAUCAAAAGAAAACUACAAAUGCUAGAAUCAUGAAAUAAAAACAGAAAUUACUAGAUACACUCAGCAGGUCAGGCAGCAUCUGUGGAAAGAGAGUUAAUGUUUUGGGUCAAAGACUCUCAUAAAAAUUAAGUUCUGAUGAGGGCUUUGACCUGAAGCAUUAAAUGUUUCUCUUUCCGCAGAUGGUGACUGACUUGCUGAGUGUGUCCAGCAUUUUUGUUCUGAUUUACUCUAAAUCUGUGUCCCCUAAUUACUGAUUCUCUUACACUCCAAGGAAGUAGUUUCUCUUUACUUACUCAAUGAAGGCCAUUCGUAUCCGAUUGAUAUGUGCACAAUAUCAACAACCCCCUAAAUAAAUCAGAAAAGGAAAUGCCAGCUGACUUUUUGUCAUAGUCCCAGCCCAGGUACAUUGGCAUCAAUUUCAGCCUCUCUUAUGCAAACAGAGAAACGCCCAGAUCAUGAUUUUCCUUGUGUGAGUCUUUUACCCAGUGCAUUUAUCUCUGGACCAUUAAGGGAGUUACAAGUACUAACAACACAUUUUAUUGUUUUUUCUUCUCUCUGCAUUUAUUUGCCUGCUUCGUGAACUAUCGCACACAAUUGUCUCCUGACAUUAUUGUUUACAACACUUUGCACUUUUGCUGAUGACUCCUUGAUUGUUCUCCUGUUUAUUUUGAGAGGAUAUUGCAAAGCUGGGACCAUGUAAAAUAAAAUCACUUGUGUACUGUCAUUGUGCACAUUCAUUUCUCCAGUGCUUCAGGUGCGGCAAGUUGGUGUACGAGACAAGACAGAUGUGUACAUAAACUCUGGAAAAUAAUCAUGAUACAGACACAUUGCAUACAAAGGCACCAUUAUUAUGUGACACUGUAUUAAAAGACCAAAUAAAAACUGCACAUGAUGCCAUUAAGUAUGAAGCUUGCCAAAAGGAAUGAAGUAUACAGUAGUUGUAAAAUGAAUAGGUAUUGGAAUGAAGGGAUUGUGCAGCGAUGUAGCUGCAACAUUUUUAUAGAAUGCUCUGUGAUAGCUUUUUCUUUGGUCUGAUAAAAUCUUGGAAGUGUAUCAGCUUUGUCAUAUAUGAGAAAUAGUAUGAGCAAUCCAUGAAAUACAGCAUGAAUUA